GUCUCUGUCGCGCGAGUGGCGCACCGACCCACCGCUCCACGCACACACUCCGCUCCUCACAUCCAUUCAGCUCGAUUCCGCAUCGUUGUCCGAAGAUGACCGUAUAUAUUACGGGGCCAUCCACGAGCCUAACCUCCACCAACCGCGGAGAGUAGAACCGGAGCCGAGGAGAGAGAGAGAGAAACCCACCUACCACUCUCUCUCGUCUCUCCCCAUCAUCUGCUUCAAUCCUCUGGGCAGCAAACCGACAGCUGAAGACACAGCGAUAGGCUAUCUGCUGAAACCUAGCCCUCACCCACAAACACUCUUCUGCUUUUAGCUCUCAAGUCGCGUCUCGUCGGGGUAUUGUGGAAGAAAUUACACGCAAGGAUUUUUUUUUUUCUGAUCUGUAUUCACAUACGAUGGAUAAUAUAAACGUGGAGUCGGUGGAGAAGGAGUGCGGGGCGCUCGGUGGAUUAUUCCAGGCGAUUGUCAAUGAUAUGAAGUGUUCAUAUCCUGUCUGGGAAGACUUCAGUGCCAAGGCCACCAAGCUGCACUCUCAACUCCGAACCACGGUUUUAGCAGCAGUGGCAUUUCUGGAUGCCUUUCAGAAGGUGGCAGACAUGGCGACCAACACAAGAGGUGCCACCAGAGACAUCGGAUCAGCGCUGACCCGCAUGUGUAUGAGACAUCGCAGCAUUGAGGCUAAACUACGCCAUUUUACUAAUGCUUUGAUGGAGAGCCUGAUCACUCCGCUACAGGACCGUAUUGAAGACUGGAAGAAGACAGCCAACCAACUGGACAAGGACCAUGCCAAAGAAUAUAAACGGUCUCGUCAUGAAAUAAAGAAGAAAUCUUCAGACACCAUGAAAUUACAGAAAAAAGCCAGGAAAGGCCGGGGGGACCUUCAGCCACAGCUGGACAGUGCAAUGCAGGAUGUGAAUGACAUGUACCUGCUGAUGGAGGAGACGGAGAAACAGGCGGUGCGGCGUGCUCUAGUGGAGGAGAGAGGACGCUUUUGUACCUUCAUCAGCUUCCUGCAGCCAGUAGUGAAUGGAGAGAUUGCCAUGUUGGGAGAGAUCACUCAUCUUCAGGCCAUUAUUGAUGACCUCACUGUGUUAACAUCAGAGCCCCACAAACUGCCCGCAGCCAGUGAGCAGGUAAUAAAAGACCUUAAGGGUUCUGAUUACUCUUGGUCCUACCAGACUCCCCCCUCUUCUCCCAGCAGCUCCGGCUCCAGGAAAAGCAGUAUGUGCAGCAGUGUAAACAGCGCCCAUAGUAGUGCCUCUCGAUCCUCUGGUGGCUCUCAGACUCACUCACCCAGUUCGUCCUGUCGCUACCGCAGCCUGGCCCAACCGCUAACAACCGCUGCACACCGCCUCAGUAGCGUCUCCUCCCACGACUCCGGCUUCAUCUCGCAGGACGCCAACGUCUACUCCAAACCCCCAUCACCCAUGCCCUCCGAUAUAACCAGCCAGAAGUCGUCAAGCUCAGCGUCCUCAGAAGCAUCUGAGACCUGCCAGUCAGUUAGUGAGUGUGGCUCUCCAACCACAUUUGGCUCGUCCUUCGCUACCUUCCGCCCUGCUCUCUCUCACACUGGCUCCAUCAGGCCUUUCUCUGUCAUACUUCCUGCGUCCCCACCCUAUAACCGCUCCCCCGGAUCCAACACACCCUCUCCCACAUCCAAGGUUCCUUGCUGGAAGGACUGGUCCAAGGUAGGUUCCAGUGAGCUGCCGCUGGCCAGCACACUUCAGAGGAGGAAGGAGCCUCUGGAUAGGCUGAGGGAGGCAGAAACCUCUCCUCAGUCACAGGGGUAUUCUGGGAUGCAUUCAGAAGACCACCAGAGGCCAAGGAUGAACCCGGCCACUACAGCUGCCAAGCAUGGUGAGGAGGUUUCCCCAGCUGCUAGUGAUCUAGCUAUGGUCCUGACACGAGGCCUCAGCAUGGAGCAGCAGAAGAGCAGCCGAGACUCUCUUCAGUACUCUAGUGGAUACAGCACUCAGACAACCACCCCAUCCUGCUCUGAAGAUACCAUCCCCUCACAGGGCUCUGACUAUGAUGGUUACUCAGUAAACGGGGAUACUGAGGUCGACGGUCAGGCUGAAUUCGAUAAAUCCUCCACAAUUCCCCGUCACAGUAAUAUCGCCCAGAACUACCGGCGCAUGAUACAGACUAAGCGUCCCGCCAGCACAGCAGGCCUGCCCAGCGGAGUGGGUGCCCUGGGCGGACCACCCGGCGGAGGGGGAGGUAUUCCUGGUACAGCCACCAUUCGGCGAACGCCGUCUACGAAGCCGGGGGUGAGGCGCACCCUCUCCAACGCUGGCCCUAUUCCUAUACGCCCACCCAUUGUGCCAGUCAAGACCCCCACUGUGCCUGACUCACCCGGCGGGUACACUGGCCCUCCCGCCCGUGUGGGCAGUGAAGAAUGUGUCUUUUAUGUGCCGGAUGACCCCUCCGCAGGAGCGCUGGAGUAUGUGAAGGCCUCUCCGAAGCGGCUGAGCCUACCCAACACAGCCUGGGGCUCAGGGGGCGCUGGAGGCUUAGAGAUGAGCGUCUACGCCCAACCGGGUGAAGAAGAUCACCUGCUGGCUGCCAAUCGCCACAGUCUGGUGGAGAAGAUCGGGGAGCUGGUGGCCAGCGCUCAAGCAUUAGGUGAGGGCCAGUUCCCUUUCCCAUCGCUUCCAAACCAGCCCCCGCCAGGUCCCGAGUCCCAAACCGAUCCUGAACCGCCCCAGGAGGGUGAGGACAUGCUGAGGUCUAUUCGUCGAGGGGUGCGACUGCGCAAAACCGUCUCCAACGAUCGCUCAGCGCCCCGGAUUUUGUGAUGCCUCCUGGAGAGAUGGGAGAAUAUGAGCGAAGUAACCCAGAAAAAAAAAACUUCACAAUGACUCUUUAGAAAAUGAGCUAUGAAAAAGAGGAUUAAAAAAUUAAAUGUUUAAAAUCAUUAGAGAAAAUAAUGAAUAAAAGUAAUGAAAAAAGUAAAUGAUAUGUAACAGCAGGCUCAGGCCACUAUAACUCUUAGCGUGUCCGAACGCAUGUUUGUCUUAUUAACAAGCCCAUCACCGCGGCAUAGUUGAACUUUAGUGAGACAAUUAACUACUGACAGAAAAAAGGGACCAGGAUGUCCGCAUGGUCCCUGUAGAAUAAUGGCCCUCCCCAAAUUAUGGACCCCAGGAAUCAGUGCUGGAGAAGCUUACGGGGCACGCAGGGGCUUGUCGCAAAUCCUUGCCCCUCCACAAUGCUCUCUCUAACCCCGCCCUCACCUCCAGUAAAACUGACAUCAGAUCCUGAAAGUCUUGUGGUAUCGCUGUUGUGUGUUGGUCUGCAGUCUGGAGGUGAGCAGGGCUCUGCUGCAGGUCAGCUCGUGGUUGCAUAGAGGGACAGGAUUUAUCUUUUGUUUGUACGCUUCUGUUGUCUUGUUUGUUUUAUUUAUGAGCAGUUAAUCACAUCCUAGCUCCUAAGCGUACAUGUCAGGUAUGUGGAUUUGUGUAGAUUUAGGGUGAAAAACCGCCAUGAUAAUGUGGAGCAAUAACGCUUUUUCCUUUUUUUUCCUUUGAUGGGGGAAGGUUUCGAAGAUCAGCUUUUAAUAAAGUUGUGCAUUUUUGAUGUUCAGGUGUCUUUGGGGAAGCAGAUGCUUUCGAAGACUUCUUGUUGAGUCUAAUUAUGGCUUAUUUAAAAAGAAAAUAGAAAGGAUGCAGAGCACUUUUAAGGCGUAGUUUUGACCACUAGUUGUCACUGUGACCACACUGUGUGUGGUGAAUGCUGUGAGACGCCGCGGUCACGUGCCCUGGUACAUAGGGAGACGAAUGCGUGUAGCAAUGUUAUGAUAUAGGAAAAAAGAGAGAGAUGGGAUGUGAAGCAGAGAUGGACCUAAGAAGAAUGAUUUGGCAACAAUUUGCAGUAGGAUCAAUUUGUUUACAUUAUUAAUGAAUGUAUUAGAUAUCACAAACUAACAAACAGAAUUUUUCUAAAUUAAUGUUCAUUUCUACUUAUUCUUGUGCAGUUUUUUAUAUUUCAGAAUCGGCUAAUUUAUUAUGAAAACAAACAAUAGUACACUGCCAUUCAAAGGUUCAGCGUCAAUCAAAUUUGAAUCAAUUUAUUCAACAAGUGUGCUUUGAUCGAAAGUAACAGUAAAGACAUUUAUAAUGCAACAAAAUAUAUCUGUUUCAAAUAAAUACUUUUUGUUUGAACUUUCUAGUCGUCAAAUAAUCCUGCAAAAAAUUAAAUGAAUCACGGUUUCCACAAAAGCAGCAAAAUAUAAUUUCAGCCCUGAUAAAAUAA